AUGGGCCUGAGCCCCGAGGCAGGCAGACAGGCGCCGCCGAUCGAGGGCCAAGUGAAGCUAAGCAAACUCAAACCCUCGACGGGACGCGACGACAGCGGAGCGGCGAGAGGUCGGAGGCCAAUGCUGCUCCGGUUCCUCGGCCGGAUCUGCGGCGACGCCGUUGGGUCGGCGGCGAGGAGGCUCCACAGAGACGUCGGCGACGAGGUGCGGGAGUGCUAUCGCGCCCUUUACCACCACAGGAGGUGCGUUCAAUUUCGCGCGGAAAUGGAUCUCUACGCGGGGGUCUGCCACGAGGCCGCCCGUUCCGCUCGAAAGCUGCGCAAGAACGUGGAGGACGAGGGGGAGAGCUUCUGCCGCGACCUCUGGGCGCAGAGGUUCUUUUGUUUCUUUCCACCUACUAGUCAUUAUAAUUCAUAA